AUUUCAUUUUAUUCGGCAUCGGCAACGUCAAUUUUUCUAUUCGAAUAAUUUUCGUUUUCUCUCUACGGUCUGCAACUGAAGUUCACCAAAUUACCGGCCGAACAAAACCGUAACGUGCAGUUUGCAGAUAAUUUCUUUUCCAGUUCGUUUUUUGAAUAUCGUAUGUCCAUCCAGAAUCUUAACACAUUUGACCCCUUUGCUGAUGCCAGUAAGGGUGCUGAUGAUGAUGUUCAAGACGGACUUGUUCAUAUAAGGAUCCAGCAGAGAAACGGUCGCAAGACUUUAACCACUGUUCAAGGUCUCUCCUCAGAGUAUGACCUGAAAAAAAUUGUUCGAGCUUGCAAAAAAGAAUUUGCUUGCAAUGGUACUGUAGUUGAACACCCCGAGUACGGAGAAGUGUUGCAGCUACAAGGAGACCAGAGAGAGAACAUUUGCCAGUGGCUGACGAAGGCUGGCCUCGCCAAGCCUGAUCAACUCAAAGUCCACGGGUUUUAAAUUAUUAAAGAACAAAGCAUUAUGUGGCAGCAUCAUCCCAUCAUAACCCUUUUCUUUUUGCAAAAUAAAUUAAACAGUAAUAUGAACAGGUUGCGACAGCAACACCUGCAUUAUAACGGCAAAAUUGUUAGUUAGUGUAAUUUUGUACAAUAAUAAUAAUUUUAUAUAUGAUUGUGCCUUUAAGUAAAUAUAUUUGUUGUCAGAUCUGCGUUCACAAUUUAGUUCUUUGUCACAAUAAAUAGUAAUGGCUCA